CAAGUUCAGAACGUCGGCAACUAAAAUGCAGUUCAAUGCAUUUUUACGAGAAAAUUGUGUCAAGAAAGAAAUUAAAAAUAAAGAGCUAAAAUAACACAAAGUUGAGAAAGUUCAUAAGUAAACAAGUACAUUUAUUGGUCUAUUCAAUCAUUAUGCAGUUAAAUUUUGCUUACUUUGAGAAAACUUGUUAAAUGCGGAUAAGGAAGAAGGUGAACCCUGUUAGGUUAGGUUCUUGAUUUACCUGUCGCAUUCAAAACGUUCAAAACAUUCAAGUCAAUUCAAGUGAAGACUUUCUAAGGACGAAGGUGGGAGCAAAAGUUAUGUACGUUUAAAAACAGAUCAACUCUCACGAUUGUCGACAGACUGCAAAGUCGACUGAUUGAGCUGGCGGAAAGAGAAGGAUGGUGAGCUCCCGUUCACCAGGCGUAAGUGUCACCUGUAAUAACAACUCGACAGUCGACGUAGCUAAUAAGAACGACCUGGCAGUUAACAAUACCAAUAACACCGCCACUGGAGAGGAAUCUGAAUUUAAUCCGAGGAAUGACAAUGAACGGAUUUUGAAUAACGAGCGAACACGAUGGAACAGCGAAAGUGGUCCACCUUCAUUUUCAAUGUCCAUCGAUUUGAAUCAUCACGAUUCGGGAUCAUUUUCGGCCAGUCCUGAUCCAAAUAAUGCUUCUUCGUGUGAAGUCAAGGUCACUAGAAAUCACGAGGAGGAAGAACGUUACGAGGCCUUUGGCUCUGUUGAAGGUGAUUGCGACGAGGAGGAAUCUCCUGGUGGUAGCAGCUCAGCACCGUCGCCUACGGGCCCCGCUUCUUUGAGAAAUCCGAAAAGUCCGAACUCAACUAUUGGCCGACAUUCCUGGCUUAGAACUUCGCUGAGAAGAACUGGAACCAACAGGAAAAGAUUAAGCUCUAAUGCACUAGCAAGUCAACUUUAUCGAAGUAGUAGUUUCAAUAGUUCAGGAAGAGGAUCUAUCUGUGAUACAGGAGAAGAAAUGUACAGCGAUGUCUCUUUAGAAGACGACGUCCUGGAUCUCAGUCACAGAGUACAAAUGAUACAAGAGCAAAUGCACGCUUUAGCGGACACACAUUCGGUGGGAGAGGAGAGGUACGCCAGGGCGAAGGAGCAAAAUGCGACGCUCCAGGCCAGGGUACUUAUGUUGGAGGAAGCUGCUAAGGAUGCGGAGAGCAGGGCCGACGAAAGACUGCAAGCCGAGCAGAGGAGGCAUCGAGACUUCGCUUGCCGAUUGGAACGGGAGAAGGAGUUGCAACUGGAGAAUUGCUCGAUAAAAUUGCAAGCGAUGGAACUUGAGAGCGCCAGUUUAAGAGAUGAAGUCUCUCGGUUAAGGGAGCAGUUGGAAAAAGUUCGACAGGAAAAAGGCCAACUAGAAAACUCGUUGGACGAUGCAAGGAGAGACGCUGAAGCUGCACAGGAACUUGUACGUCAGGCAGUGAGUCGCUCAAAUGAAGCCAAACAAAUGCUUGAAGUUGCCAGAGAAGAAUUGGCGGCGCACGUUGACGAGCAACAAAAAUUAGAUGCACUAAUGCAGGAAAUUUCCCAUUUACGAACACGAAAUAAAAGUUUAGAGGAGUCAAGAGACGAACUUCAAGCGGCGGCGGCAUUACAGGCGGGCCGGGAAUUAUUAAUGCUGAAUCCUUGUGCGAACAAUGUCGAUAAAGGAUCUAGUCUUGCUGCUGAAUUAUUAGCAGGAAUGAAUCAAGAUCAGACUGACGGCAGUAAACCGAGGGAGCCAGAACCACGCACACUAGCUGAAUGGAAGCAGGCCCUAAAGGAACAGCAGGAAGUGAGCUCUCAAUUGAGAUCCUACAUUGACGGAAUUCUUUUGAAUAUAGUUGAAAAUUAUCCUCAACUUUUAGAAGUAAAGCAACUUAAUUAAAGAAAAAUGCAAUUUUUCCAAUUAUAGAUAAAAAGGAUAUAUAUUAUGUCGUUAAUGGUAAAAUAGAAUUAAUUGUACAAAUAGGUAGUUUAUAAUGAUAGCUUUCGAGUGAUAAACAGGGUGACUCUCAAAAUAAUAUACGGAUUGAAAUGAUUCAACGAAUUUUCUGUUAUAAUUAAUUUCACUUUGAGAUGAUCUAAGUAUUUUUAUUGCUACUCUAGAAUUCUCAAACAUUGUUGAUGUAGAUUUUCGAACGUAUAUUUUCCAAUUUGCGAGAUGUUCUCGCUUUGAUUUUUAUUUUUAGAAAUUUUUACAUUUUACUUGAUAAUGAUUUUUUGUUUUCUUUAAAUGUAAACAAAAAAACAUUAUCUUUAUUAUCGUUUAGCCUCUGCGAAUUUCUAAUUGAUUUCGGAGUAAUUUAAAUUAAAAUGAUUAAAAUUAAAAAAGGACUGCCCAUCCUUUUAAACUAAGAAGUGCUUCUUAGAUUUUUAUUAAGAUAAACGCUCCUACAAUAUUAAAUUUUUGUAUAAUCACUGCCAGUAUCAAUGACUCACCGAUUAAUGGGCAUUACUUAGUAUCAAAAACGGCAGUGGGCGUUUCAUGAAUUUUCUAUAUUAACAUUAUAAAUAAUACCAACGAGUUUUGUGUGAUAAUGUUUCUUACAAAUUCUUUUUUAAUAUUGGGCAUAUUUUAAAAAAAGUCUUUUAUAUAAUUAAUAGUAGAGAAAAAUAAUAAAUUUUCUUACAGUUUGUCAAUUGCAUCGAAAUAAUAAUAAUAAUGUGUGACUUUGUUCUUUUGUUUCCUUUAUCGUUUGCUCGCACUAAUUUUAAAUUAGGUGAGAGAAGGAAAAAUGUUACCAGUUAGAAUAUUGCAAAAAAAAAGAAAAAAAAAUAGGAAGAAAUUAUUCAACUGGAGCAAAAUCUGUGAUGGGACGAAUGAUACUUAGAAAAUACAAGUGACUAGUAUUUUUAUUCUUGCGAUUUUUCAGCAUUCUGGGUCUUUGUAUUAUGAAACAUUAUUGUUGAUUAAACGAUUAUAUUUUGAUAUAAGGGAA